AUGCCCCUCCCCACGAGGCCGUGGAAGAUGUGGCGCCGCACACGGAGCAGUCCCCCAGACGAGAGCUCGCUGCCACUCUCCACCCCAAGGUCGACAUCAUCCACGCCAUGCGUGGGCGGCUCUCCGUCUGUUUCAGCGUCGCCACUGUUUCCAGACGGCCCCCAGUCCCCUGCGCCUUCCUCAGCACCCGUUGAUCCCCAACUGCUUUGGAACAUUCUCGAUGGCACCCGUGCUGACCUGGGAAUUUCUGAUGAGGCCUUCAACCCUGACAUGCACUCCCCAAACGACAUGCUCGUCGAUACAGAGGAACACAUCGUCGACCCGGCAGCCAACGGUGUCGAGAAGGACAACCUCACAAUCAUCAAUCCGGACAACCUAGAAACAGAGGCAGAGCAGCUUCAAGACUUGACCAGGGCGGAUGACUAUGAGGCUAUAAAAGAGCUUGUCCUUAUACCCUUGGUCGAAGAACCUCGCGUGCUCGAAGAUGUUGUUACCACCUGGGAAAUCACAAACUGGAGGUCGUUGAAUAAGAAGGAGCGUGGCCCUAUCUUCCAAGCUGGCGGGUUUCCCUGGCGGAUAUUGCUCUUCCCAUUCGGCAACAACGUCGACCAAUGCUCUAUAUACCUGGAACAUGGCUUCGAACCGAACGAGGUCCCUGAGGACUGGAGCUGCUGCGUGCAGUUCGCACUGGUCUUGUGGAAUCCGGAAGAGCCCACAAUCUUUGCACAUCACAGUGCCCACCACCGGUUCACCAAAGAAGAGAGUGACUGGGGCUUCACAAAGUUCCUGGAGUCUCGUAGGAUGUAUGGUCUCUGGGACAAUGCGAACCGACCCAUGAUCGAGAACGACGCCGCCAACAUCACCGUCUAUGUCAGGAUCGUCGAGGACGAAACCGGGGUAUUAUGGCAUAACUUCAACAACUACGAUUCCAAGAAGGAGACAGGAUUCGUCGGCCUCAAGAAUCAGGGCGCAACAUGUUACUUGAACUCUCUUCUGCAAUCUCUUUACUUUACAAACGCAUUCCGCAAGGCCGUGUACGAAAUACCUACUGAGCACGACGAGAGCAUGACCAACAGCGCAUACACCCUGCAGCGCCUCUUUUACCAGCUUCAGACCUCCAACGCAGCAGUCGGCACGAAUGAGCUGACCAAGUCUUUCGGCUGGGAGACAAGGCACAUCUUUGAGCAACAAGAUGUUCAGGAGCUCUCACGAAAGCUGAUGGAGCGCAUGGAGGAAAGGAUGAAGGGCACAAAGGCCGAGAACAUGCUGCCGCAGAUGUUCAGUGGCAAAAUCAAGACAUACAUUUCUUGUAUUAAUGUCGACUACGAAUCCAGCCGCAUAGAAGACUUCUGGGACGUUCAACUCAACGUUUCCGGGAACAAGAACCUGCAGGAAAGCUUCCAGGACUACAUACAGGUCGAGAAGAUGGAAGGCGAAAAUCAGUACAUGGCAGGUGAGCAGUACAAGCUGCAGGACGCCAAUAAGGGCGUCAUUUUCGUGAGCUUUCCCGACGUCCUCCACCUGCAGCUGAAACGUUUCGAAUACGACUACAUGAGGGACACCAUGACGAAAAUCAAUGACCGCUACGAGUUUCCUGAAGUCUUCGACGCGGCUCCAUACCUCUCGGAGGAUGCCGACACGUCCGAGUCCUGGACAUAUCAGUUACAUGGCGUCCUUGUGCACAGUGGCGACCUGAACGCCGGACAUUACUAUGCGUUUUUGAAGCCAGAUAAGGAUGGAUGGUUCUACAAGUACGACGAUGACAAGGUGACCAAGGCAACGAUGCGAGAAGUCUUGGAAGACAACUUUGGUGGCGAAUACCGGCAGGCCACAAACAACCUCCGGAGUCCUUUGCAAAGAAAGGCACCUAUUAUGCGGCCUAACAGCGCCUACAUGUUGGUUUACAUCCGCCAAUCACGAGUAGACAAGGUCCUUUGCCCGGUCACUGAGCAAGACAUCCCAGAACAUCUGCGUAACCGAUUUGAGGAAGAGGCCGCCAUCAGAGAGACGCGAAGGAGGGAGAGGGAGGAGCAGCAUCUCUACAUGGGCGUUAAGGCUAUCCUUCCUUCGACAUUCCGGGAACACGGUGGUACAGAUCUCGCGUCUUUCGACGCAAACCCUGACCUGGACCCAGCAGCGCCUAGGUUCUACAGAACGCUGCGCUCGUCCACUGUCCAGGAUCUAGUCAGCCGCAUUGCCGAGGAUAUCAACGAGGACCCGCGAAGGCUGCGGCUCUGGAUGAUGGUCAAUCGUCAAAACAAGACAACGCGCCCGGACACGCCCAUGAUGGACACUAGAGUGACAGUGGAAGAAAGCUAUAACAAGUCGACCACUCACAACAGCAACGUCCUCCGUGUCUGGGUUGAAGUGGCAGAGGAGGUCAACGCCGAAGGCGAUGCUGUCUGGCCAACAUACCAAGGUCAAAGCAACGGCAUGGUGGUGAAGAAUGAUCUGAUACUACUGUUCCUGAAGCAUUUUGAUGCCGAAUCACAGACUCUCCGAGGUGUUGGGCACGCCUACAUCAACAAAGAGAAGAAGGUUGAGGAGAUCGUGCCGCUGAUCGGCAAGAAGAUGGGAUGGGGCGAGAAAUUGCCAGGCGAUGACAAGGUCAUGCUCUGGGAGGAGAUCAAGCCAAAUAUGAUCGAGGCGCUCCGGGCGAAACAGACCCUAAAGGCUGCUGAGCUGCAAGACGGGGAUAUUGUCUGCUUCCAGAGGGUGACGGAGAAGAAGUCGGGACUUGAGAAGAGGCUCGGACUUGGAGACAAAACACCCGAGGAGACGAAAUCGGACCGGUGCGAAGACGCUCGCGAAUACUACGACUUUCUCAUGUUCAAGAGGACAGUAAAGUUCCAUGCUCACCCAACCCGGUGUGACCCGAACCAGUUUCCUCCGUUCGAGCUCGUUCUCAGCGCGAAGAUCAGCUAUGAUCAACUGGCUGAGAAGGUUGGGAACGCGCUGGCUGUGGAUCCGACACAUCUCCGAUUCUACACUGUGAACACCAACAGUGGGAACGUCCGGGUCGCUGUGAAACGGUUGUCUACGAACCAGACCCUGCAGAGCAUCCUGAAUCCGUCAGGCUAUUCUCAGAUGAACCAAACCCAGAGAAGCGAUGCGUUGUACUUUGAAGUGCUCGAUAUGAGCUUGGCAGAGCUUGAUACGAAGAAGAAUGACCAUUUUGACAUCCUGGUGCCCAAGAACGGGAUCGUGGAAGACCUGAUCAACGGAGUCAUCAAGAAGGCUCAAAUCCCCGAAGAAGCCGAAGCCGGCAAGAUUCGAGUUUUUGAGGUUAACAACCACAAGUUCUUCAGGGAAAUGUCGCGCGAGUACCCAGUCAUCAGCAUCAACGAGUACACAUUGCUCGUGGCUGAGCGGAUGUCGCCAGAAGAAGCAGAGGCCACAGACAAGGAAUUCAUCAACUGCUUCCAUUUCCAAAAUGAGCCGAGCCGCGUUCACGGGAUGCCGUUCAGGUUCCUGCUCAAGGAGGGCGAGACGUUCGCAGACACCAAGAAGCGGCUCGAGAGGCGGACUGGCCUCAAGGGCAAGAGCUUCGAGAAAAUCAAGUUUGCCGUCGUGAGACGGUCUGCGUACUCCAAGGUCCAUUAUAUCCAGGACGACGAGAUCCUCACAGAGAUCCUGUCGGGAGAUGACGACGAUUUCCUCGGUUUGGACCAUGUAGACCGGACACGGUCUAUGCGCAACGGGACGGGAGACCUGUUCCUGAAAAUUCUCCCUCCUGCGAAACGAUAUUUACGGCUGCACCGGGCGCAUGCUGUGCCGACAUACGACAACCUCACGCCACACCACGAGCCCCACGAGCCCCACGAGCGCGACACGCCGAACCUGUGCGACGACAUCAUGAGCCUUCCCGGCAUGGGAGGCGGCCUACCGGGCAUGCCCGGCGCCGGCGGCGGCAACGUGGAUCCCAAUGACCCCAACGCCGUACAGAUGCAAAAAACAAUAAAAUUCAUGAGUGAAAUGCAGCACAACUGCUUCACCAAGACCGCCAUGUCGGGCGUCGCCGGCUUCGGGCUGGGCGGCGUGUUCGGCAUGUUCAUGGCCUCGAUGGCCUACGACACCCCCUACCACACCGCGGCGACGGCGGGCGCCCAGCAGACGCCCAUCUCGUCGCUGCCGUGGAAGCAGCAGCUGAAGACGGGGUUCAAGGACAUGGGCACGCGGUCGUGGAGCACGGCCAAGAACUUUGGCAAGGUGGGCGCGCUCUUCACGGGCAUCGAGUGCGGCAUCGAGGGGUUCCGCGCCAAGAACGACAUGACCAACGGCGUGGCGUCGGGCUGCGUCACGGGCGCCAUCCUCGCGCGCAACGCGGGGCCCCAGGCCGCCGCCGUGGGCUGCGUCGGCUUCGCUGCGUUCUCUGCUGCCAUCGAGGCGUGGAUGAGGCAGCCCAAGGAGGAGUAG